GUGACAGUUCGUCAAACAAAAUUCAAAUUUUUAAAUUGGUGAGUUUAUUUCUGGGUUUUCUUUUAAAUUCAUUUAUAUUAAUAUUAUUUUUGAGGUGGAAUAAUUAUUUGAAACUCUUAUAUUAUUGUUUAUAAAGUGUAUUUUGCAAAUAACUAUUGUGGCAUGCGGAACUAUGUAUGCGGUAAAAAGAAAAGUUCUGUAUUGCGGUGUGGUCAUAGUGAUAUUGAUCAUACUACUGCAUCCAGAUAGAAAUGGAACACGAAAUUACUAUUAUAUCUCGAAAGAAAAUAUAUUAAAUUGUUUACGUCCAGAAAUAGCCAAUAAUUUAUCGAGUACAGCAUUAGCUGACUGUGACUAUUAUGAUAUUAUACACGAUGACACCACAUUACCUCUUAGCAUUGCUGAAGGCGAUUUAGUUGAGAACCACAGGAUAAAGGAGGGUGGGGAAUAUGCCCCUGUCGAGUGCAGGCCCAAAUUUAGUACAGCUAUCAUUGUUCCAUAUAGGGACAGAGCUGAGCAAUUGCGAGGAUUCCUAGUAUACAUGCAUUUGUUCCUGCGGCAACAACACAUCCACUAUAGGAUAUAUGUUGUCGAACAAGUUGAUUCACGUCCAUUCAAUAGGGCCAAGUUGAUCAACAUUGGUGCUCGUGCUGCUAUGCAGGCAGGGUACCCAUGCUUAGUACUUCAUGAUGUUGAUCUGUUGCCGUUAAAGCUAGCAAAUAUAUAUGCAUGUACAGAACUGCCACGGCAUAUGUCGUGUAGCAUCAACAAAUUUAGAUUUGUACUACCAUAUCUCAACAAAUUUGACGGUGUUGUAUCCAUAUCGUCGAAGCAGUAUAAAACCGUGAAUGGAAUGAGCAAUCAGUACUUUGGUUGGAGUGGUGAAGAUGACGACUUUUAUAAACGCCUUGAAGCACAUAGUAUAGAACUCUCUCGUUUUGAACCCUCCACUAGUCAAUAUCACAUGGUAGCAUAUGAAGGGCAACUUAAACGGCCAGAAAAAAGUGAAUCGUUAGCCAAUGCAAAGGAAAGGAUGACAAGUGAUGGCCUUAACUCUUUGAAGUAUACAGAAGUAGCGACUGUUCUCCAUCCACUUUUUACUCAUAUCAUGGUAGAUUUGUAGUGUAUUACAUUGUUGAACGUACCUAAUGGAAGGUAUGUUAUUUUACCAAUAUAUCAUAUCACAGGUCCAUUUUAAUAUUCAUAAGUAAAUGAAAUUUUUAAAAUACAAUUCUGUAAUAUGGGAACUGAAUUAAAAUAUUGCAUUAUAUACAUUGACUUCAGUACAGUUGUACCAAUAAAUUGCUUAUAAAUAGUUAGGGCCAGUAUACCAGUGAAGAUGUUUUCUAUUAUGUAUUAUGGUCCAAUAAGAGAAAUAGACAAAAUAUCCACCAAUAGCAGUGGAGUACUAGUCCCAUCUCUUUCAUCAAUCUACUAGCACCUAGUCAUCCGACUCGCGUAUUUGUGUAGAUAAUAAAUAACGUUUUCCUUAUGGUUUUUUUUAACAUGGUCAUGAUAUUAAGUAUACCAUUAUAAAAUCCUCAUAUUGCGCCCCAUAACUUGAUACCCAUAUUGCAGUAUUAAAAAAGAAUCUCUUCUCAGUCUACAGCAUCUCACAGUAGAUAUAUUGGUUUUUUUAACGUCACCUAUCUAAGAAGACUUGGGUUCAAAAUGAAUUUUACGACCUAUGUUUGGAAGAUAAGAAGUAAGAUGGAAACUAACAUAAUUAAGUUUUAUUUUGGAAACUUUGGAACACUUCCAUUCUCUUGCGUUACGCUCAAAUCUUUAGAUUUUCGAAAUAUAAACCAUUUAGCUAUUAACUAACCCACCUUAUCCUUAUCUGAUGUGAGUAUUUCAGAAGAUAGUUUAAUAGUCUAGCGAGUUCGUUGAUGACACUCCCAUGAUAUGCGGGCGAUGGGGGGAAAGACUGCGCGGUUGUGAAAUCGUGCUUGCGGGGAUGUCAGGUGGUCAGUCGUGGGUUUUUCAUUCAUCACUACACGCCCGCGCGGACCAUCGCGGCGUGUUGCGAACGAAGUUGCCAAGCUAUAGGCACCAAUAUUAAGGGAUCGUAGGGCUCGGGUAGAGAUACUCAACAACAUGCAAAGUUCCAACUCCUUAAAUUCAUUUACUGUGCUCGAGUAAAUCCUGCCUGCUGCGAUUAUUAGAUUAAUUUUAGAGAAUUGUUUUAUUGACUAAAUAUGUAUUUAAUUAUUAUGUAAGUUUUAACAAACUUAAUGGCUGUUCAAGAAGGCUUUAUCUUACAAAACUAUUUAUUAAUUAGUUACAUAAGAUUAAAUGAAAAUAACUAAGUUUUUUUUUAGAUAAAAGGCAUUUAGACUAGGCUUAUAUCACAAUUUCAUUGUAAAAUAUAAUUUAUUAAUAUACAUACUUAAUAAAAAUACUCAAGUAAAUUGGCUGAUCUUAAAUUUGUUGUUUCCUACAGUGUGAUCUCCUUUGGCAAUAAAUGUUAAUGUACUACUUAACUAAAAUUAUAGAUAUAAAAUAUCCAGUUAUACAACAAUUGAUGUUGACUACUAUAGCCUUUCUUGAUGAGUACUGUUUAAACAACCAACAAAGAAAUUCGAAAUGAAGGUAGAAAACACAUGUCAUUUCAUAACUUAUUUAUUUUAAAUUAUGUAUGGUUUUUUUUUUCAUAAAAUGUUAUAUAAAAUACAUUAAAGGAGAUCAUUCAUUUUGGGCCCUUUUUGAAAGUGCCGGCCAACGAAAAAAAAUAGCACGAAUCGUUAGAACUAGUCAUUUGGAGUAAUAGUUAAUAUGGCAUGAAAGUUGUAGGAGGGCUCUGAACCAAGUUAUACAGGUUCGACGAUUCGUUAUUUCCAUACAUUUUGUCAAUUUUCAAAAGUGCCCGAAAAGAAAAAAAACUGGUACGUAUCGUUAGAACUGUCCAUUUGGAGCAAUAGUUACUAUGGUUCAAAUGUUGUAGGACUGCACUGAACCAAGUUAUACAGGUUCGAUGAUUCGUCACUUCUAUACAUUUUACUGAGUUUUGUAAGUGCCUGCAAACAAAAUAAAUCAUACGUAUCGUUAUAACUAGCCAUUUGCAGCAAUCUUUACUAUGGCAUAAACAUUGUAGUAUAGCUUUGUGUCGAGUUAUACAGUUUCGAUGAUUCGUCCAAUCCAUUUAUUUUAUUGAUUUUUUAAAGUACUUUUUAACAAAAAUAUGCUACUUAUGGUUAAAACUGCCCAUUUGGAGUAAUAGUUAGUAUGGCACAAAUGUUGCAAGAUUGUUCUGAACCAAGUUAUACAGGUUCGAUGUCUCGUCAUUUCAAUGUAUUUGAUGGAGUUUUGUAAGUUACAAAGUAAAUGCUAUUUAUCGUUAUAACUAGCCAUUUUCAGUAAUAGUUACUAUGGCAUAAACGUUGUAGUAUAGAUCCGAAUCAAGUUAUACUGUUUAGAUGAUUCUUCACAUCCAAAUAUUUUACUGAUUUUUUAAAGUACCGUUCACCUAAAAUAUCAACCUAACGUUAAAACUAGUCAUUAGGAGCAAUAGUUAGUAACACGUUGCACACGCUUCAAAAAAAAAUUCUAGUACUGAAACAAGUUAUAUAACUUUCAUCCAUUGAUUUCCAAAAAAGUUGGAAAACAUAAAAGCAAUAAUAUAAAAUAUAGAAAUAAUGAUUCUAAGCAUUUGCACAAAUUCAACAUUAUGGUGCAAAUGUAACUAAAAAUUGUUUUAUUGUGCAGUGAGUAAUGGUAAUUUCGGUUUACAAGCUUGAAUAACAUAUAAACACACAAAUACACGCACAACGGCGAAUCACAUGGCCAAGUGCAGAAACGGUCCAGAAGGAAGAACAUAACAAAUAAUGAUGACACAACUCUUACACCAUGAUGACAUUUAUUUCAUAUUAUUAUUUAAGUAUUCAUCAUUAUUACCUAUUUAUUGUUCCCCAUUACAUUCAGAUAUCAACAAAAACAUAAGUGACGAAUCAUCGAACGCAAAUAACUUGGAUCAGAGCAAUCAUACAAUGUUUCUGUCAUACCUACCAACUAACUAUAUUGCUUAAAUCGAUAAAAUGCAUAGAAAUUAAGAAUCAUUGAACUUGUAUAACAUGGCUCAGACCAGGCCUACAACGGUUGUUAUACUAUACUAACUAUUACUCCCCGUUCCUAUUACAGCCAGUUCUAAUGAUACGUACCAUUUUAAUGGUUGGCACUUAAAAAUCAAGAAAAUGUAUGGAUAUUACAAAUAGUCACACCUGUAUAACUUAGAGCAGAGCAUUUAUACAACGUGUCUGCCAUACUAACUAACAAAGUAUGUCUAAAUGAUCAGUUAAAAUGAUACCUGUAAGAAUUUUAUUGGCAGGCACAUUUUAAAAUUAAUAAAAUGUAUGGAGAUGACAUGCCAUUUAACCUGUAUAAGUUGGUUUAGAGCAACCCUACAACAUUCGUGUUAUACUAACUAUUGCCACAAAUGACCAGUUAAAACGAUACGUAUCAUUAAUAUUGUCGGUGGGCACUUACAAAACUCAAUAAAAUUCAUAUAAGUGACGAGAUAUCGAACCUUUACCUUUAACUUGGUUCAGACCUAACCUACAGCAUUUGUGACAUACUAAGUAUUACUCCAAAUGGGCAGUUCUGACGAUAAGUGCAGUGAUAAGUGCAUAUUUUUGUAAAACGGCACUUUGAAAAUCAAUAAAACAUAUGGAUUUGACGAAUCAUCGAAACUGCAUAACUGGACACAGAGCUAUACUAAAAUGUUAAUGCCAUAGUAACUAUUGCUGCAAAUGCUAGAUACAACGAUACGUAUUAUUUAUAUUGUAGGUGGUCACUUACAAAACUCAAAAAAUAUGUAUAGAAGUGACGAGUCAUUGAACCUGUAUAACUUAAUUCAGAGCAAUCUUACAACAUUUGUGCCGUACUAACUAUUGUUCUAAAUGGGCAGUUCUAACGAUACGUAUCAGUUUUUUUUUUCUUAGCGGGCACUUUUGAAAAUUGACAAAAUGUAUGGAAAUAACGAAUCGUCGAACCUGUAUAACUUGGUUCAGAGCCACCUGACAACUUUUAUGCCAUACUAACUAUUGCUCCAAAUAGCUAAUUCUAACGAGUCGUGUCAUUUUUUUUUGUUGGCCGGCACUUUCAAAAAGAGCCCAAAAAUGUAUGGAGCGUGAAUGAUCUCCUUUAUCUAGUUGUUCUAAGCUUAUUAAUCAAACUUAUAUUCAUAAAUUCUGGAACAAGUAAAUUAUAUUUAUUAUUAGGUGACUAAAUUUAUUUGUUGGUAAACAGUACUGAUCAAUAAAAGCUGUAGUAUAUUGAAUAUACAUUAUUGUUUUUUAUGAGACAUUGAGCUAAAUAAGUUCAAUAUUAACUAAUGUGGCACAGCUGAUAAUAUGGCCUAAAAUCCCUGUAGCUCCGAAAGUAAUGAUCACAGAUACGAUAUUAUUUGUACAAAAUUACUAUAUAUAUAAUAUAUAAUUUAUAUAAAAAAUCUUAUCAUCAAUAAGGUUGAUUUUUGCUGUCUGCUGCAAUUAGAUAGCUUAAUAAUACCUAGGUAUACCAAAGGCCGUGGAAUUAAAUAGUCAUUAGUAUAGAAUAUUUAGGACAAAACAGUUAAUUACGAUUAGUAUAGGUAGGCACAUAAUAUAGAUACAUUUUGUCAAUAAAAGACAACAUAUCCUAACUUAUUUGGAAUCAUAAAAAAAUAGUAAAUAAAUUCUAUAAUUAUUAAUAUUCAUUUGGACUGUAUUUAAUUUUGUGGUAAGUAACCAUCAUCAUAUUUAUGUAACUACUACAGCUCUACUCAAUAUGUACCUACUGUUUACAAACAGACAAAUUAAAAAAUAUUUUAUUUUAAGACUUUUCAUUUUUAAUGUUCAUACUCAUGCUAAUUUACAGCUUUCUAGUAGUAGUUUGCGCUAAACCGUGGACAGACGGACAUGGCGAAACUUUACGGGUUUUUGUGGACUAAGGAACCCUAAAAAUGAGGGUUUGAAUCGCUAGUCAUCUUCAUCAUCAUCAUCAUCAUAUCAGCCGAUGGACGUCCACUGCAGGACAUAGGCCUUUUGUAGGGACUUCCAAACAUCACGAUACUGAGCCGCCUGCAUCCAGCGAAUCCUGCGACUCGCUUGAUGUCGUCAGUCCACUUGAUCUUAAAUUAAUGAAAAUAAUUUGUAAUUUGUUUGUUGGUAAACAGUACACAUAGAUGUAGAAAUAUCUUCAUAACUAGAUAUAGAAAUAUCUAAGUACAUAAAUAUGAUGAAGGUGUUCAUUUGAACAUUACCUACAAACCUAAUAAAUAUAAGUACAUAUGUAUGUAUAUAUGAGAGACCGGAGUUUGUUCCUUUUCUUUGAGACACCUUACCUUCAUCUAAACUCCAUCCUUCGCCACUGAUACCUUCGCCAAUGCUUGCUUCUUGCUUCUCAAAGAUAAGGUUCAAAUGGACACCACAUUCACAUCAUAUUUGUGUAACUUCUUACUGCUAUGAAACCAAAUUCACAGUUUAACAAUAGUGUUAUUUAUUAUUUAAUUAAUAUUUUAAGAGGUUUAGAAAAUAAAGCUAUUAUUGCAUAAGAUAGAUAAUAAAUAAGUAAUAUUGUUUUUACUUUAGGGCACGGAUUCUUAACCUUAUGCAAAGGGAAGGGAAGGGAACCUUUGAGAAUAUUUGUAUUUCCUGAUCUCCAAAAUUAUUUUUUAAUUCUAAGUACUUGUUAGUACUAACAUUUGACUUUGACGUCAACAAAUAAAAUCCUUAUAACAGUAAGUACCUAUGUGUACAUAACAUCAAAAAGUUGAUAACAGUAUAUUUAUUGAUUAUGAAACCAGACUAGUUUCGAAACCAUACGGGGCCCCUAGUCAUGAGCUGGUUCUUGCAACGCACGAUCCAAACUUCUUCCAAAAUAUUCUAAAACAAUAUAUUCGUAAAGAUGCUUUUAUGUAAGAAUUUGCGAAGUCAAAUGUUGAAUUUUAAUGUAUCAUAAGUUCUAUAAUCCAUAAAAUUUGGCACCUAUUUAGAUACUCUUCCCGUUUCUGUGGGAAUAGCCUAUGUUCAUCAGUGAUGAUGUAGGAUUCUAAAGAUUUUUUCAAAUCAGUUCAAUAGUUUCAGAACUUAUUCAAUAUCAAUAAAAACAAACAU